AUGAAACUCCAUCAUUAUGCAUUAAAGAAAAACUUUGAGUUUAAAGUAAAGAAGUCUGCGAAAAAUAUAUGGUGUACAAUAUGUGUUGAUGAUAAAUGCAAAUGGAGGUUGAGAGCUACAAAAUUGGUUAAUUCCACUAUGUUUGAGGUUCGUAAAUUUUUCGGUGAACACACAUGUUCAUUGGAUGUUCGAAAUAAAGAUCACCGUCAGGCAUCCCCAUGGCUUAUUGGACAUGUCAUAAGGAGAAAAUUUGAGGGUGAUAAUGUUAAUUACAAGCCAAGGUCAAUUGUAAAAGAUAUGAGUUUAUCAUAUGGAGUUCAUAUGAGCUAUGCUAAAGCUUGGAGGUGUCGAGAGCAUGCAUUGGCUUACAUAAGAGGUAUACCAGAAUCAUCAUUUCAGAAACUUCCCUCAUUUCUAUACAUGAUGGAGCAAAAAAAUCCUGGAACUAUUACUCAUUUGCAGAUGGACAAUGAAGAUGGAACCUUCUUGAGUACUCAGUGUGGAGGUACUUUGUUAUGUGCCAUGGGACAAGAUGCUAACAAGCAAAUAUAUCCAAUUGCAUUUUCAGUAGUUGACUCAGAGAAUAAUGACUCAUGGUUGUAUUUUCUACUGAGGUUGAAGGAAGCGAUUGGUGAAGUGGAGAAUCUAGUAUUCGUGUCUGAUAGACAUACUAGUAUAGCAAGUGCCUUGACUAAAAUUUUCCUGAGGCACACCAUGGUGCUUUGUCGAACUGCAGCAUCAGCGGCUACAGGUCCUCUUGCCACAGAAGUGGAAGGUGAUUUGCGAAAGUUAGCAGACAAGUCCACUACCUCAUUUUCUUUUCAGUCUAGUCAGUAUGAAAUAACAGUAUUGGAUGGUGAUCUUGAUGGAGAUGUCGACCUGAGGAGGAAAACAUGUAGUUGUAGAAGAUUUGAUUUGACAGGUCUUCCUUGUGAACAUGCUCUAGCUGGUGCUCGAAAUCGUGGCAUUAGUCCAUAUAGUUUAUGCUCCAGAUUCUACACAGUUGAAGCAUGGUUGUCAUCCUAUGGUGGAUCUGUAUAUACGCUGGGUAAUGAAGAAUCUUGGGUGAUACAAAAUGGCAUAGGAAGUAUGAUGGUAGCUCCUCCUUUAGUGAAGCAGAAGGCUGGUCGUCCAAAGAAGAAACGGCGUUUAUCAAAGGGUGAGAAGAAUAGCAAACAACGUAGAUGUAGUAGUUAUGGUGUCCUGGGCCACAAUCGAGUGACGUGCACCACUGUUUGUCCCCCGCCGUCUAGACAUGCUUAG